CCAUCGCUAUCGCUUCGACAAAAAACCGAAAGACGUGCUCGCUUAAAAAAGUCGCAAAAAGCAGGCCUGCAGACCUGUAAAAGCAAGCAAAGUGCAGUGCAAGGUGUUUCCAGGUGCGCGCCGGUGAAAAGAUAUCAAGUCGAGCGGAAAACGUUUCGAAUAUCCGUGAAAAAUGUGCAUGCAAGCAGCGUGUGGCCAGCAAAUUCGCUGCGUACCCACACACUCGCACCCACACACAUAGUAUACACGAAAAGAGAGUGCAGUGCAUCGAGUGAGCGAGAAGGAGAGGGGAAGUGCGAACACAACAAAUCCCAACCAGAACUGAGUGCCAAAAAGAAGAAAAUACAUAAAAAAUAGUGAUACACUUCACUACUCCGCAAUUAUAUCUGAGCAAUCAACGCGUAUACGUAAUACGCAGUGCUGUAAACAAGUUUAGCGGGUGGCGAUAACGCAUAACAAUGGCCAACAAAUACGAUCUGCUGCUUUAUCUAACGGCGCAGCUUUUACUGGCCUGCUGCCUUAUUGGGAUCCAAGGUUCAAUCCUACCCGAGGGACACCACAACAUCGCCUGCGAGCACUUUGACGAGAAGAUGUGCAACACAUCCCAGGACUGUGAAACGCGGAUCGAGCACUGCCAGGUGGAGCAGGACAAGUUCCCCAGCUGCUAUGUGCUCUGGAGCACCAACGAGACUACGGGCGCUAUGCGAAUCAAGAUGAAGGGCUGCUUCACAUACAUGCACGAGUGCAAUCAGACGGAGUGCGUGACCGGGGAGCCGCGACAGGAGAACAUCUUCUUCUGCUGCUGCAAGGGAUCGCGCUGCAAUUCCGACCACAAAUAUAUUAAAACCACAACAGAGGCAACCACGCAAGUGCCCAAAGAGAAGACGCAGGAUGACAGCAAUUUGAUGUACAUUUACAUUGGCACCUCCAUCUUCAGCGUGCUCAUGGUCGUGGUGGGCAUGGGCCUGUUUCUGUACCGACGCCGCAAGCAGGCGCACUUUAAUGAGAUACCCACGCACGAGGCGGAGAUCACCAAUGCCUCACCACUGCUGUGCAAUCGCCCCAUUCAGCUGCUGGAGCAGAAGGCCAGCGGCCGGUUCGGUGAUGUGUGGCAGGCCAAGCUGCAUGGCCAGGAUGUUGCCGUCAAGAUCUUCCGCAUGCAGGAGAAGGAGUCGUGGACUGCGGAGAAUGACAUCUAUAAGCUACCGCGUAUGCGACACCCCAACAUCCUCGAGUUUCUGGGCGUGGAGAAGCACAUGGACAAGCCGGAAUACUGGCUGAUAUCCACGUACCAGCACAAUGGAUCGCUGUGCGACUACCUCAAGUCGCACACCAUCACCUGGCCGGAGUUGUGCCGCAUUGCCGAGUCCAUGGCCAAUGGACUGGCCCAUUUGCAUGAGGAGAUUCCGGGUUCAAAAACAGAAGGUCUUAAGCCGUCGAUAGCCCACCGGGACUUUAAGUCGAAGAAUGUGCUGCUCAAGGGCGAUCUUACAGCCUGCAUAGCGGACUUUGGACUGGCUAUGAUCUUCCAGCCGGGCAAGUCAUGCGGCGACACUCACGGCCAGGUGGGCACCCGUCGCUACAUGGCGCCGGAGGUGCUCGAGGGUGCCAUUAAUUUCAAUCGAGAUGCGUUUUUACGCAUAGAUGUCUACGCCUGCGGCUUGGUUCUCUGGGAGAUGGUGUCGCGGUGUGACAUCGCUGGGCCUGUGGGCGAGUUCCAGCUUCCAUUCGAGGCGGAGCUGGGCCAACGACCCACGCUGGACGAAGUCCAGGAGAGCGUGGUGAUGAAGAAGCUGCGCCCGCGGCUGCUCCCCGCCUGGCGAGCCCAUCAGGGUCUAAAUGUGUUCUGCGACACCAUGGAGGAGUGCUGGGACCACGACGCCGAGGCGCGUCUUAGCUCGUCGUGCGUUAUGGAGCGUUUUGCGCAGCUCAACAAGUAUCCAUCAGCCCAGCUGCUGAUCAAGAACAUAACCAACAUUGACGAUGCCAAGGAGUCAACAAACUGCUUAUAGAAGCGGUACUAAGCCACAGGCCAUCUCUAGCGGGAUCUGUGGCUCGCCAGCCAAUCAAUGGGAAGCCCUUCUCACUCGGCAGUCUAUCGAUAGUUUGAUAAGUAAGCGCGGAUCGUCAUCAGCCAAGCCAAUACCAGAUAAAGUCUUUAGGAUAACGUUUUUGUUCAUCGAAAUAGGUCGACAAACAGCCAUGAUCUUGCAUCUGUUGGGCGUGAGUAUACACUGAGCCAAACAGAACAAAGAGUGUUGAAGCGUGGCGCUAUGUGCAUAGAGAUGUGUUGAUAACUCAUCCCACAUUGACUUCAUUGACUGAUAACCAUAUAUAGUUCUAAAAAGAAACGAUGCAUAUAACGUACAACUUGUUUGAAGAUUAUUGUCUAGCCCUUUUAACUAUAGCUAUUAUUUCCCCUAUGUCGUCACCAGGUAGCCUUAAGUUUAAAAUUAAUUUCUAUAUAAUUUUCCUAUAAACUCCUUAUAAUUUCUUAACUUUUUAAAUUGUAACUUUUACUUUUACUUUUGUAGUAGACGUUACGUAUUAAUUUCUGUGUUUUAAUGUUGUAUUUUUAAUAAAAUACAUUUAAAUGGAUUUUAUGUUUUGUAUUUAUUUCUUUAAUUACCCAACGUAGUGCCAACGACCCUCAGACAUCACUUAGGUCUAAUAUAUGUGUAAUUAUUGUAAUUGUAUUCUAAUUCUACUGGACAGUACAAGCAAACACCUGAAGUUUUCAAAGGAAAGUUUCUUUUUAACGAGAAUCGAACUUAAGAGCGUAUAACAUAUAGAUAUAAACAAUAUAUACUCUUUAUAAACACACAACACUCUCACAUAGGCACAUGAAACACACACGCAGUCUUAGCAGGUUUAUACAAAAAACCGUAUUAUAUCAAAAUGCAUAAUGCCUAUAUGGCAUUAUUCAUGUUGUUAUUAUAAGGUCUUUAUACGCAGCACAUAUUAAAUCUUAAAAGUCUUAUUGAAUAUUCAGCUCGUAAGAAAUAGCACGAGUAAGUAUGUUAAAUAUUGUUAUGCUGAGAUAAGGGAUAUAUAAGAACUUUAAGUGAUUCUUUCGAGUUUAUUUAAAACUUGUUUUGCGCCGCAUCUGAAAUAUACUUCUCAAUUCACACUUAAGAUAUCAACUAAAACGGAAUAUACAUACAUAUAUACACGACACAAAACGAAAACAAACAAAGCUUCAUUACCUGAUUUUUUUGAGCAACUUACAAGAGCAAAUAGUUUACAAACGAAACAUAUUAAUCUUACUAAUAGAACAAAUUUUGUUAUGCUGUAAUUUAAUUUGUAUUAUUUCAACUUGGUGCUGUAACAAAUUAUUACAACUCCAAAAACAGAGAUAUAACAAUAAUAGGAAGAGAAUUAAAACGAAACAGUAUUCGGAGAGCAAGGAAAAUAUUAAAUAUAUACAUAUAUUUAAUCAAAGUAGUUUGUUACACAUAUCAAAAUGGUACAUUGGAAAGAAAGGAGGAAAAAAAGCAGAGAACUUUUUAUAAUAUUAUACAAGACAACUGCAAUUUUUGUAUAUUUUUUAUGCAUUUCACAAAACAUAAAACAAAAAGAAUGAAACGGAAUGAAGUUUGAUCAUGCAAAUGUUUUUAAAACAUCCCAUUUUUGAAUAUCAUCCAGCAAAGUUUUAUAAAAACCCAUAAGUGACGAUAACAACAUACAUACAUAUAUUCAA